CGAUUUUUAAACGUUCCACAACGUUCAUUUAUUCUCUGUUCUUUAUUUGAACAUAUUGACGACGUUCGUUUGUUUUUUGUUCUAUAUUUGAACUAAGAAUGGAUUUCUCUAAGCUGUUGUUCUUCUUCUUCGCUUGUUUUGUUGCUUUGUGCUCAGUGGGCGCCGCGCCAGAACCGAGAUGGAAGCCGUUUAAGAAACUUGAGCGAGUAGGACAGCACGUGAGAGACGGCAUCAUCAAGGCUGGACCUGCGGUCGCUGUGGUCGGUCAAGCCGCUACCAUCGCCAAAGGAUAAACAAAAGAAUACAAACCAUACUCAUGUAAUCACUGUAAAUCUUCAUACAAGGACAUCAUCAACACCAUCUCCUGGAGUCCAUAAUCUACACACUAUCUUAACAAGCCAUAGUCCUGCAAUCACUGUAAAUUUUCUUACUAUCUAAGGCGUCGUCAAUAUCGACUGUGAAGUUCACAUUGCUAAUAUAAAAUCUGAAAAUAAUGUAAAACACAUACUCAAGCUGUCAACUGUAAAACUUUAUACAUCAUCAAUUUUAUGUACAUAAUUUUCUUAGGAUAGUCUUAGAAAAUUCUUAAUUAUCUGUCUACUGCCAAUUUAUGCCAUAUAAUAUGAGUCAUAAUUAUGUGUUACUGUCAUGUAGCAAGAUAACGACUGACAUUGAACUUUUCUGUUGCUUUUAUCUUUGUAAAUAUAAACCGUGUUCAGUAAAUGUACAAAUAAUUAAGUAUUAUUAAGUAAAUUAAUAAAUUCCUUUAUUUAUUA